AUGGAGGAUAAGGUAAUUCCGGCCGAUCGACGAACGCUAGGCGAUAAGGACAGCGACACGUGGAGUCUGGCUGUCGAGCAGCAGGCGCAACAACAAGAACCACAACAGCAACAACAACAACAACAACAACAACAACAAUCGGAUUGUCGAAGCAGUGAGAGCAACGGCGACGUUGCAGUGCCGCCGAGAGUUUCGGAGACGAAACCGCCGGAAACGAGAGAUGCAACGAGUGUGGAUCAGCUGACGAGCCGCAAUCACGAGACCCGAAAGAGUAAGAGUAAGCGGGUCAAGAGCUACCUAAAAAGGUGCAAAGGUGCGCUCACGAAGAGUGACGAGAGCUCGUGCGAAAGAAGGAAAGACGAACAACAGCAGCAGCGACAGCAGCAGCAGAAGCAGCAGAAGCUACAGCAACAGCAGCAACAGCAGCAGCAACAAGAAAGCGCGUCAGCGUGGUACGUUGAGGAUAAUAAAGAAGUGAUAAAACCGGAGGAGGACGAAGAGGAGGAAGAGGAAGCGGUGGAGGAGGAAGUGGAGGUGGGGAAGGAGGAUCGAAACGGUACGGUGACGAGAGAGAACAAGCCAGAUGAGCUUUUCUCGCUGUGCAAAAGGAGCAACGCGACGUACGAGGAAACGAGCGACGAGGCGGGGCUCAUGCACGAGGACAUUGGAUGUUUGAACAAGUGCGACUCUAGUAACACGCUCGUCGCCGAGGUGCAGGAACCGAAGGAAGAGAACGAGGAGGAUAUCAUCGCGGCAGCCGAACCCUCCACACCCGACAUCAUACCCAAUUCGGUGGCGCGGGGAGAUGCCGCUUCGCUGAUUCGAAGUUACCUAGGGCCGAUUUACGGCGAAAAUGUACUCGAUAUCUUGACACGUCAGGCACGCGACAUUCUCGUUUGCGCUUAUCAUGGCAACUUGGAGAAUUUCGUCAAGUCCUAUCUAUCACCUGCCGUCAAACUGCUUAGCGAAGUCAAACGCGCUGCUUCAAAAAAGGCGCUCGCAGGUGGAAAAGGUGUCGUCGGAGGUGUUGGCAACGAAGAAGAAGCCGUUAUCGGUUGUAGUGAGAGCGGUAACCACGGAGUUAUAACGGUGAAACCGCGACUGCAUUGA